AGCCGUGGGUUCAAGUAGUUGGCCCGAGCUGCCCCGCCCUUGCCGCCUGCCCGCCGCGCGCGCUCCGCGUCUGUUCCCGGGCACCAGGCCCAGGGUGAGAGGGCGCCACAAUCAUGAUGUUCGCGGGUGCCACAACCCUGGGUGGAGCUGCCGCCGCGUAUUGCCUUGGAAAGAAGAACAUGGUCUUCCUCGGGAAGGACGAGCAGCUGCGCGUGGAGCAGAUGACCGAGGUGGUGGUGCACCGCGGCCCGGGGCUCAAGGUCCUGACGCCGUUCGCCUACAGGUCCGCCAAGGUCGAGAAGGCCACCAUGCUGGGGGUGACCGACUACGCGAAGGUUCGAGACAAGGUGGACGGUUCCGAGAAGGUGAUCAAGGGCCCACAACUGUUGUUCCUCGGCGCCUACGAGGCGGUCGUUGAGAACGGGCAGGGCCUAAGUCUCAGCGCCACCGAGUACGUGAGGGUGGUGAACCAGGUGACCGGCGACGUCUCCGUGGAGAGGGGGCCGUCGAUCUGGUUCCCGAAGGCGCAGGAGCGCGGCGAGAAGGGCACCGCCGUCAACCUGAGCAGCACGGAGUACGUGCGCAUCGAGGACCGGGCCACCGGCAUGGAGCGCGUGGAGCAGGGCCCGCUGGUUUGGUUCCCGGGGCCGCUGGAGAAGGGCACGAAGGGCUCCGGCCUCAGCCUGAGCAGCACCGAGUACGUGCUGGUCGUCGACAAGCGCACCGGAGAGAAGAGGGUGCAGCCCGGCCCUUGCGUGUGGUUCCCGGGGCCCUCGGAGACGGGCACGAAGGCCGCGGGCAUCAGCCUCAGCAGCACCGAGUUCGUGCUCGUGGAGGACAGCCUGACCGGCGAUCGCCGCGUGGAGCGGGGGCCCCGCGUCUGGUUCCCCGGGCCCCACGAGACGGGCAGCCGGGGCGACGCGACCAGCCUCGGGGCCACCGAGUACGUCGCGGUUGAGGACGCCCUCACUGGUGACAAGAAGCUCGUGAGGGGCCCCUGUGUGUGGUUCCCGUCACCCUACGACACGGUCUCGUCGACGAAGACAGCCAUCGCCCUGCAAGACGACGAGUACGUGCGGCUCAAGGACGGGCACUCCGGCAAGCGCUGGAUACAGAAGGGCAAGGCGCUCGUGUUCCUGGAGCCCACGUGGGAGGUGGAGCGAGCGAGCAUCAGGAAGGCCAUGGUGCUGAAGGCCUACGAAUACGUGCGGCUCGUGGACGCCACGACGGGCAAGGUGACCACCCACAGGGGGGAGGCGACGGUCUUCCCCGGCCCGGACGAGGAGCCCCUCGACGGCGACAAGAUCAGUGCCAUCGACCUGAAGGUGAACGAGUACGUGAAGAUCAUUGACCAGGCAACGGGCGACAUCAGGGUGGAGGCCGGGACCACGCAAGUGUUCCUGGGCCCGCACGAGAAGGUCCUGGACGGGGGCAAGAAGAAGGCCGUGGAGGUGGACGGAGAGCACGCGGCGCUGGUGCGCAACAAGAGCACGGGCCAGCUGCGGCUGGUCACGGAGAGCCAGCUCUUCGUGCCCGGCCCGCACGAGUCCAUCGAGGCCGUGCAGGAGCUCGUGAAGCUCGCCGACCACGAGGCGAUUAUCGUCAAGGACAAGGACGGUGUCUUCCACUACCAUUACGGCAGCGACGAAAAGCGCGCACCAGACCAGCCGAGGUGUUUUUUCUUGCCGCCCUACGCGGAGGUGGUGAAGCUCUGCUGGAGCAGGGGCCGCCGGCGCGAAUGCCGCGACCUGUACAUCGAGCGCUUCGACACCCGCGCGCAGUACAUGUCCUUCGAGUUCAACUGCCGCACCAAAGACAACGUGGAGCUGAUCCUGGAGGGCACAUUCUUCUGGGAGGUGACCGACCUGCCCCGAAUGGUGCGCGCCACCGGUGACACCAGCGGAGACCUCUGCAACCACGCGCGCUCACAGUUCAUCAAGCACGUCGCAAAGGUGACGCUGAAGGAGUUCAUGGACGAUCUCCAGAGCAUCUCAAACAAAGUUCACCAGGAGGACAGCGAGUUCUACGCCACGAGGGGCGUCAAGGUGCACUCCCUGGAGGUCACCGCCUACCGCUGCGCCGACGCGAGCACCUCCGAGGUGCUGCAGCAGAUCAUCCAGGAGACGACGAACCGGAUGAACCGCCUCUCGCAGGCGGAGAGCGAGAACGAGGUGAAGCUUUACCGGAUGCAGGGCGAGAUCGACCAGGAGAGGCUGAACGGGCAGCUCCUGGAGAUCCAGCACGGCCACGCGCAGGCGGAGGCGCGGGUCUGCGGGAAGUCCGAGGCGGACCGUGCCGCCGCGUUUGUGGACGGCCUGAAGGACCACGUACCCAAGCUGGAGGACAUCCGCGGAAGGCAAAGGUACACCGCCACCGGUCGUGCCGCCUUCUGCCACGGAGUGCGUGAUCUCUUGUGCUGCCUCGCUGUCGUCCCCUUCCUCCUCUUUCUCCCAUGUUGCGCGCAGGUUCAUCUACGUUUACAGGGGUGUAUGUGUAUACGUAUGCACGUGUAUGUAUGUAUGAAUGUGCGCAUGCAUACCUGCAUGUAUGCAUACAUGCAUGCACGCACGUAUGCAUGCAUGUAUGAAUGA